UUCUGCAUCUUUUUAAGUGCUGGUAAUAAAAACUAGUCGCCACCUCUUUGAGAACUCCUGGCCAAUGGGAGCCCCUUGAACAAACUUUUAUGUGACCUCAGAAAAUGCUUGAGCAUCCUCGGUGCUGCUGCUCUCAGUCAGUCCUCAACAUGCGCAGGUAGGACUGACUUCAGGGAAGGAAUUUCACGUCCUUGCAGGCUCAUUCUACUACUUCUACUAAACAUGGCCCUCCGCAGCUCCGCCUCGACCAGAAAGCGACCGUGGCAUCUAUCGAUGUCGGCCUACUCCACCGUCUGUGUGGCUCUGCUCUCCCUGCUCCUCGCUCCAGCACUUGGACAACUCGACCUCAAUCGGCUGGAUGGUGACACAGUCUGCCCACCGAUGAGGGGCGGACAAGAUGACCUUCCAGGGUUUGAUCUGAUCACUCAGUUCCAGCUGGAUGUGAUCUCCCUGAAAGGUGUGAGGAAGGUGGACGGCUCCACUCCCCUCCAGGUGGCCUACCGCCUCGACAGGGAGGCCAAUUUCCAAAUUCCAACCAUGCUAAACUUCCCUCGUGGCUUCCCAGAUGAGUACUCCUUCAUGGUGACCUUCCGCAUGAUCAAGAACACAGUUAACAAGGUGUGGAACGUCUGGCAAUUAGUGGAUGAAGAAGGCAACAAACAAGCCGGAAUGAGGCUGAAUGGCGACCAGCAGGCUCUAGAGUACUUCCUGAUGGGUGCAGACGGCUACCUGCAGACCGUCACCUUCGCCGGUCUUUCUGUGCUCUUCAACACCAAGUGGCACAAGGUGAUGAUCGGCGUGGAGUACGAUCAGGUCACUCUGUAUGUGGACUGCCAGCCCGUGGAUCGGAAACCCAUCAAGGGCAAAGGUCCUGUCAACACAGAGGGAGACACUCUUAUUGGCAGGCUGGAUGCUGAUCCUGACACCUCCGUAGUGUUUGAGCUCCAAUGGAUGUUGAUUCACUGCGACCCAAAGAGAGCCCAGAGAGAGAGCUGCAGUGAGCUGCCUGCCACCGAGAUGUUUGCCAAUGCUGAGCCUGACAAAUCAGUCCAAGGCCCCCCAGGAGCCCCUGGCCCAGAGGGCCCCCAAGGGGACCCAGGAGAGGACGGCAGAGAUGGAAGAGAUGGUCUUCCAGGUUCUCCUGGCAGUCCAGGCACUCCUGGCAGCAAAGGGGAGCAGGGGGAGAUCGGUCUUCCUGGGCAGAGAGGCCUGCCUGGUCUUCCAGGAGUCGCUGGUACUUCUGGUCCAAUGGGUCCCAGAGGGCCUGUGGGAGAGAGAGGUCUACCAGGGUUUCCUGGACCUGCAGGUCCUCCUGGCCCAACAAGUGAGGGACCUGCUGGACCAGCAGGAAAACCAGGAAUCCCAGGAGAUGAGGGAAAUAUCGGGCCUGAGGGUCCACCUGGACCCAGAGGGGGGCCAGGGACCCCGGGGCCUUCUGGCCCUCCAGGUCCACCAGGGCCUGUGGGACCGCCUGGUGCCAGCAAUGAGGGGAGUGGGGAACCUUGUCCUGCUGCCUGUCCUGCUGGACCUCGGGGGAUGGCUGGACUACCAGGGCUGAAGGGUCCUCCUGGUUUCAAUGGCGUCCCAGGACCUACAGGCCCGCCUGGAGCUCCUGGUGUGGAGGGAAUCCGUGGACGUCAGGGUUUGACAGGGUCCAAGGGUGAUGAUGGAGCUGUAGGAGGGCAGGGAGAGCAGGGACCUCAAGGGGAAAAAGGAGAAGUUGGAGAGCCUGGCAAAGAUGGCUCAGACGGACUUCCUGGAGCUGAUGGCGCCAAGGGACUGCCAGGGAAGCAGGGAGUAGUGGGACCCUCUGGUGCAAAGGGUGAUACUGGCGAUGAUGGACCCGUUGGACCAAUUGGACUUCCUGGAAAGAUGGGUGAGACUGGGAAAGAUGGAGAAGAUGGAAAACCAGGAGAUAAAGGAGCAACUGGUGGAACAGGAAAACAAGGGCCAGUGGGGCCUGCAGGUCCUCCAGGAAUCGAGGGAGACAAAGGAGAUAAAGGUGACACUGGUGCCAAUGGAAUAAAGGGUCAUACUGGACUCAAAGGAGAUCAGGGACCAAUCGGACCUGUGGGACCAAAAGGAAGUCAGGGUGACACAGGUAUGGCAGGAGACUCCGGAGUGAAGGGAGACCAGGGCCCUCCUGGUGUUCCUGGAAUCAGAGGAGAGCGUGGAGAGCAAGGCCCGAGAGGAGCUGCAGGGAUCGAUGGCAGGCCAGGUCAGACGGGCCACGAGGGUUUGGCUGGUCCAAUGGGAGCCAGAGGGCUGGAGGGAGAACCAGGCAUUGCUGGAGCACCAGGUCCCAGAGGUCUACCUGGCCCAAAAGUGAGUGACGAGAAGCUACGGGAAAUGUGCACAGCUGUUGUAGAAGAACAAUUGGCAGAGUUUAAGAAAGAGCUCCUGCAGAAGCCAGCAGCCCUUGGUGCCCCUGGUACCCCUGGACCAGCAGGACCUGCUGGCCCCCAAGGACCAGCUGGAGCAGCAGGAGCAGCAGGAGCUCCAGGACCCUCGGGUCCUAAAGGCCAUCCAGGCUACUUUGGACUUCCAGGCGUACCAGGCAAGAAAGGUGAUACUGGAGCGAGGGGAGACAAGGGAGACAAGGGAGAGGAUGGAGUAGGAGUCAAAGGCAGCUCAGGUGCACCCGGUGCGCCAGGUGCACCAGGUGUCCCCGGUAUAGGCAAGGAUGGCAAAAACGGAGAACGAGGUGAGACUGGGAGUCCCGGUGUCCCAGGAACAUCUGGUCCAAGGGGACCCUCAGGACAGCCCGGCCUUUGUGACCCAUCAACCUGUAUAAGCAGAAUUCCACCUCUCUAUAUGGUCAGUGGAAAGAAAUCUGCCAGCUACAAAAACCCAUGAGACGUCGCAACUCAACGACACAUUCCAGAACUCAUCCUGUCGUGAUCAACUUUAAGGGCUUCUCAGAAGUCAGGCCGUGGUGAUCUGUGGGAGUCCUCACGUGUCCCCACGUGAACCAUGGAUCUAAGAGACACAAUGGAAAACAGAGACAAGACACAAAUGUAGAAUACUGUAUAGAUGUUUUAACUUGUUUGUGAUUUUAGAGAAAGCUCAUCUGGUGGUGCGUAUUCACAGAUAGCUGCUACUGAUGCCAAAGCAACGUCUUUCAACUAACGACGGGCCUGUAGGCCCAACAAAUGCUCGAUUACAGCUGCAGACAUCUGGCCUUCACUAAGAGUCUUCUUCAAAACAAUAUGAGCCGGUUGUGAAAUAAAAAAGGUAGAUCUUUGCUUUCCACUUACGCAUUUUCAUUUCUUGAAUAAGCUCAGAGAGGAAAUUAUUUUGACCCCAGCUGUCAGCAUAUCAGGUGCCAUUUUGACCCACUUAUUCUCAUUGCAAUCAUGAGCCAGUUAGUAACAGAAUCAGGUGAAGUGGAACAAAAAAUGAUAUCAUGUUUUAAGAGUAUUUCACAAGAACAAGUCUGCACUUGACGAGCCAGCGAGCUGACAUCUGCAACAAUAUAAUUAUCAAUCAAGGAUCAGGAAUUCAUUUUGUCAUAUUGUUUUUUUUCAAACAUUGUAAUAAAGUGAUAUGUUUUGGAUAUUACUGAAUUAAAAUCUUUAAUGACUGGAACGCCAUCUUUCUUGGAGCUGCUGUUGUUCGAUAAGAUUGGAUCUGAGUCACAUUAUCACAUAGCAGAAUUAAGCAGACUGUUACUAAGAUAAGAUGCCUGAUCAAUUAAAUUUCACAGCUGCUCCACACAGUAAAACACAGUCCCUGGGUUAUUAUGGAUAUCAUGUAAAUUCAGGAAAAUGUUUCAUUGUUGCUCGGUUACCAAUUAAAAAGAGACAAAAUCAUCCCUACGGCUUUUUGCACUGCACA